AUGAGAGAAGAAACACGCCAAAUAUUUCUGCAGACCAUUGAUCCGGAUUCUGGAAAGAGGAGUGCAGCAGAGUCGAUGCUGAUGAACUUGGAGAAGCAGCCAAGCUUUGUGAUGUCUCUCCCAGAUACAUGCAUGAAGGAUUCCGAUGCAACAAUAAAGAGGGUUGCAACCAUCUACUUCAAGAAUGCAAUAAUAAAGCAAUGGGGAAGCGAUGAGUAUUCCGAAGUUCGAAAGUAUCUUGUGGAGAAUGUAUUGGAUCUGUUUUUGUAUGGAGACGAGAUAACUAGAAUGGCAUACGAUGCGAUUCUUGUGAAUAUAUUCAAUAACGAGAAGUUGAACGACUUGAAUGGACUGUUCCAGAAGGCAUCGAGCUUCAUGAAAUCCUCGGACACGAACCACAUGUUUACCGCAUUGAACAUGUACGAAAAGAUAUUUGAUGCAGAGAAGAUAAAGUACAAUCUUGAGCAAGUUCUUGGGCUUCUGUUUGAUACUGCCGGAAAAGAUGUUCUGGAAAAAGUGUACGGGUUCCUGGAAUCAGGGAAUUAUAGCAUGGUGAAGACAGGAAUGAUUGUGCUAACCAAGUCCUACGGCUAUUACUCCAUUCCAGACUUUCUCUCUGCCAUAAGUACUUUCUCAUAUGUAUUCAAUCUCUCUCUUAGAAUUCUAAAUCUAAGAGGUACAGACGAGAAUCUGCUUGAAAGUAAGAAAUGGGCUGCAUACUUUAUGUACAAGGCUUGCAGCAAAGGAGUCAAGAAGUUCUACAAGAAUAACGAGCUUUCUGAAUAUGUUACAGAUGUGAACAGGUUCCAGAUGGUGUAUGGGACAUUCCUGAAGAUCAUUCAGGAGAGAUCGGAACAUACAGUUGACAUCGAGCUCUAUGCCAUAGACUUUUUUGUGUUGCUGACAUCGGAUUCUGAGUUUUUCCGUUACAUGGAGCCGAAUCUUUCGUAUUUUAUCUCGGGAUAUAUUCUGCCGCUUUAUUCUCUGUCAGAUUCAGAGGAAGAUGACUUUGAAAACGACCCAGACAAAUACUUAAGGGAAAAGUACAACUUCUUUGGUAAUGAUCUAAGAAACAGUCUAAACACUUUGUUCUGUGAGAUUGUGGCAAAGAUAAAGCAGAAACAGGAAGCCUUCCAGGGAAUUGUUAAUUACCUUGUUUCCAUCCUUGGAGCAUACAAAGAAAGCCCUAGCAGGGAAAAUAUAAGAAUGGCAUAUGGAUCGUUCUUUCUGUUAGCAAACAUAAAAUCAACUCUGAUGAAGAAAGCAAGAAGUGCUCUCGAAUACAUUAUAGCCAACCACGUAAUUCCAGCUCUCCAAGGAAGCUCGUUGGUUCUGAAGUCCCAAGCUUGCUAUUUUCUAUCAACAAUAGAAGAGGAUCUUCCCAUGGGAGACUUGGUGUUUGAGGCUAUGACUAACGUGCACAAACUCAUGAAAUCAAAUCACAAAGUCCUGGAGGUAGAGGGGACACUUGCAAUGUCGUUUUUCCUGUUCAACGAGACAGCCUCUGAGAAGUUCAAGGAGCUGAUUCCAGAGACGGUGGAGUCGAUACUGAAUCUUUCGAAUACAUAUGAUCUGGAGCCCCUGACAAUACUGCUUGACUCAAUAAUUGAGUACUAUCCUGAGGAGAUAUCCAAAUAUGCACCGGAACUCGUUGGAUCGAUAUCCAGGAUUACACUGUCGCAUCUUAUGAAUGAGAAUGACUCUGGUGAUAACAAGCUGAUGGUGGUUUCUGGAUUUCUUCGAAGUAUGGAAAAUCUCAUUCUAUCUCUUAACCAAAGGUCCCCGGCUCUCAGGCAUUCCUAUAUCAACUCCUAUGAUGUGAUAUCCUUCAUUUUGAAGGAGGAAAAGGCAGACUUCUACCAGGAGGCCUUGGACAUACUCAACGGCUAUGUGUUUAUGAUCAAGGAAAUAGAGGGAUCGAUGUGGGGUCUUUUCCAGAUGAUUCUGAACCUCCCGAUCGAUGAAAUCACAGUAUACUCGUCGGAAAUUGCCGAUCUAAUUGAUAACUUCAUAACAUAUGGAAAAGCAACCAUAAUGGAUGCAAACAUACUAGGAAGCAUCUAUUCUGUGGUUUCAAAGCUUUGCUUGUGCAACGAAGAGAACUUCUUUGACGACGACUUCAUAGGAGGAUGCAGGAUUAUCGAAUCGAUUAUUCUGAACAUAGGAAAUGAAGUUCUUUGCAAGGACCCUUCGAGACUGCCCUUCUUCAUUUCAGUUGCGGUGUCUGGGGAGAAGAUGAUUGAUGAAAACGGCCCUGCAAUGGUUUAUGUGCUUGAGUUGAUAAUGAACUGCUUCAUCCUAAGACCGAGAGAGACCAUUCAGAUUCUUCGAGAGCAGAAGUAUCUCCAGGAGUUCUUUGAAAAGCUCUUCAGCCAGAAAAGCAAAUUCAAGAGGGUCCAUGACAAGAAGAUAUGCAUCCUAUUUAUAGGUACAAUCUGUAGGCUCCAGAGUGGGGAUCUUCCUGAGCUUGAUGUUAGAAACCUCGGUAAGGCUCUUGUAGCAACUGUUACCUCGCUUCCUGCAGCCAUAAGGCUAAGAAACCAGAUGAAGGAUGAUGAGGAUGCUGUAGCAUCUUCUGUAGACUCGGAAGAUGAGGAAGAUCUCGAUGCAAGCGACAUCAGCGGAAUGGAUAUCUUAGAAGAGGAUAUUUACUUCGAGACUGCCCUGGACCACUUUGAGCCUUUUGGAUACAUCUCUUCGAUACUUUCUUCUCCAGUAGUCGGGUCUUAUGCUGAGAAAGUCAUUGCAGAAAUGACUAGCCAUCAAAAGGAAUCAAUCUCUGCAGUUCUGAAUGGAGAAAGAGUUGUGCAGAAAAUAUGA